AUCUCGAUCAGCACAAUGAAGCUCCUGAUUGUCCUCUCCGCCCUGGUGGCUCUCGCCGUCGCUGACCUGCAGCUCUCGGAUGAGCAAAAGGCCACGGCCCACGCCAACGGGGCGCUGUGCGUCCAGCAGGAGGGCAUCACCAAGGAACAGGCCCUGGCCCUGCGGGCCGGCAACUUCGAGGACAUCGAUCCCAAGGUCAAGUGUUUCGCAAACUGCUUCCUGGAGAAGGCUGGUUUUCUGGCCGAUGGCCAGAUCAAGCCCGAUGUGGUUCUGGCCAAGCUGGGUCCCCUGGCCGGCGAGGACACUGUCAAGGCUGUCCAGGCCAAGUGCGACUCCCUGAAGGGGUCCGACAACUGUGACACAGCCUUCCAGCUGUACCAGUGCUACCACAAGCACCACAGCCAGAUCUAAGCCCACUCUCAGUAGGACCUUCAAAUGUAUUAUGGGCAAGAAUGUAUCUGUGAAUUGUUAAGCACUUGUUCUUCCAACCAAAGUAAAUGUAAAACAGCAAAAGUAUAAUUCAUGGAAUGCUUUACAGAUUCUUAGACAUCAUCCGAACCCAAUUUCAGAGCUAUCGAAAUUUAUUUAAACUUUGGAAUCACCUCAGACAUCAGCCCAGCCCCUGCCUUUGCUUUUGCGCAUCUCAAAGGAAAAUAAAAAUCCUAAAUUCCUACAU